UCACCCUUUCUUUCCCAAACCCAACCUUUUCUCUUUUUUUCAUAUAAAUAUAUAAACUCACAUUUCACUCCAUGAACGGCGUCGUAUCGAACCCCUCUGCCGUUACACUCCUUACCCUGAACAACAGACGGCCUCGGCCCAGAUCCGACGACGACGACGACAUGGGAAUGGCCAAGAAAGGACAGGUGGUCCUCAAUGCCAAGCCACAUUUCAUGACCUGGACAACCGAUGACUUACUCCACGUGGCCAAAUUCCAUUGGCUGCCGUGUAUUUUCGCUGCGGGACUCUUGUUCUUUAUGGCCGUGGAAUACACGCUCCGAAUGAUACCCUCUUCAUCGCCGCCUUUCGAUCUGGGAUUCGUCGCUACUCGCCCACUUCAUCGGUUGCUUUCUUCGUCGCCUCACCUCAAUACUGUCUUAGCUGCCCUCAAUACGGUGUUUGUAGGAAUGCAAACGACAUAUAUUCUAUGGUCGUUUUUGGUAGAAGGGCGUCCCAGAGCUACAAUCUCAACUCUCUUCAUGUUCACAUGCCGAGGCAUUUUGGGUUACUCAACUCAGCUUCCAUUACCUCAGGGAUUUUUGGGAUCUGGGGUUGAUUUUCCGGUGGGGAAUGUGUCGUUUUUCCUGUUCUAUUCCGGCCACGUGGCUGGAUCGGUGAUUGCAUCUCUUGACAUGAGACGGAUGAAGAGGUGGGAAUUGGCGCGUACGUUCGACGCUCUCAAUGUGCUCCAAGCUGUAAGGUUGCUCGGAACCAGGGGUCAUUACACUAUUGACUUGGCCGUCGGAGUCGGCGCCGGUAUGCUCUUUGAUUCACUCGCCGGUAAAUAUGUAGAAAGCAAGAGAAAAUUGUCAACAACAACAACUACUACUACUAGUAAUGGCAAAGAAGCUUCCUUUACUUGAAGGAUAAGGAAUUUAGAGUUUUUGUUUAAUCAGAUGACAAGAACAGUAGUCAUGAAAAAUAGAAAAAAGAGAAAAAAAAUUUGUACAAAGAAUUAGGCAAAAAAGCUUUAAGCUUUUAGUUUGUUCCACCUGUUCUUAUUUGUUGUUAUUUCUUGUUGUAGAGACCUUCAUUUGAUUUGAUUUUGAUUAUAAGUUUUGGUUAUCUGCUAUAAUAUUUUAUCUUUUAUUUGA